CGUAGCCACCAGCUAACCUACAUUCCUGCUGACAGCAGAGAAUCUGCUUUAAUAGGUGUGUGUCAGCUGACAGUUGUAUGAUGCUAGCAUGUUAGCUUCAGUUUGAACCAGAUACAGCGCUGAUUAACCGCUGUAGCUGCCUUUGCGCUUUUGUAGUCUGACCCUUUGGUGCUUGCGUAUUUUGCUGACAUUAUGUGAAAAGGGCGAACGAGUGUAUCGUUUAGAAACGACCUCGGGCUAAGUGUGUUUUAUAGCACCAACGAGCUAACAGCUAGGAAGCCAAUCCUCCUAGCAACAGUGGCUAACUGUAACAGUUGGCUAGCUCUCACGCGCGCGUCUUCAUGGAGAGCUUUAACGUGCUUUCGGGAAUAAAUGUAAGGGUAAGCCUGUAGACUUUAUGUUGAGGUAAAUGUUGACUAAAUGGCAAAAACCGAGCAGGGAAAUGGACUUGAAAUGCGGGGUAGCACCGAGAAGCUGACAGAUAAUGGGACUGCCAGCUUUCAUGGGUCCGACCCAGAGGUAAACGGUAAUGGCAUCACCGAGGAGAUUGUGGUGGACAAGUACGGCUUCACAGGAGGAGCCCAGCAGUCCUCCAGAGCCACUGCGGAAGAAGUCCCACAUGAGGUGCUGAGGCAUCGAGAGUCAAAAUGGUUGGAGAUGCUCAACAGCUGGGACAAGUGGAUGGCCAAAAAACACAAGAAGGUUAAAGAGCGCUGUCAGAAGGGAAUCCCUCCCUCUCUGCGUGGCCGGGCCUGGCUCUACCUCACAGGAGGAAAAGUAAGAAGGGAACAAAAUCAGGGCAAAUUCCAGGCACUGGAUGAUCAGCCUGGGGAUCCUAAAUGGGUUGAUAUCAUAGAACGGGACCUUCAUCGACAGUUUCCUUUUCAUGAAAUGUUUGCAGCCAGAGGAGGUCAUGGGCAGCAGGAUCUUCUGCGCGUGCUGAAGGCGUAUACUCUUCAUCGUCCUGAGGAGGGUUACUGUCAGGCUCAAGCUCCCAUUGCUGCUUUACUUCUGAUGCAUAUGCCUGCAGAGGAUGCAUUCUGGGUCCUAGUGCAGAUCUGUGAGAAAUACCUGCCGGGAUAUUACAGUACAGGCCUGGAGGCGAUCCAGCUGGAUGGGGAGAUCCUCAACGCUCUGCUGCGUCGGGUGUCUCCAGUGGCCCACCGUCACCUGAAGAAGCACAAGUUGGAGCCCAUCCUGUACAUGACUGAGUGGUUCAUGUGUGCCUUCUCUCGGACACUGCCAUGGGCCUCGGUGCUGCGUGUGUGGGACAUGUUCCUCUGUGAGGGAGUCAAAAUUCUCUUCAAAGUCGGCCUCGUUCUCCUGAAAUGCAUGUUGGGAUCUCAAGAAAAGCUAAAAACCUGUCAAGGUCUUUAUGAAACAAUGGAGCUGCUCCGAGCCAUACAGCCGCAGUACAUGCAGGAGAGCUUCCUGGUGCGCGAGGUUAUUGAGUUAGACGUGUCAGAGAGAGACAUUGAGAAGGAGCACCACGCUCAGCUGAAGCGCUGGAAGGAGUCUCGUGGAGAACUCCACUGCAAGUCUCCUCCCAGGAUGCAUGGUGCGAAGGCCAUCAUGGCUGCAGAGCCGCCCAGUAGACAGGACCUGAGGCAGAGGCCCACCAUCAUCGUGGAGUCUCCUCUGGCAUCUGAAACAGACAGGGGGAGAGUAGAGGACUCCAAGGAGAACAGAAAGACUAAAGAGGAGACAGAGAAGAAAACAUCACAGGAGAUUGUUAAUCCUUACCUUCCUCCUGCUGACCCCUCACCUCUCCUCAAUCACGUGAGCAUACAAGGGUCCAAAGAGAGUCUGAGCAGUGCAGAGCAUGACACUUACCUGUAACAGGGUGAGUGUGACAAGUUUACACACAGUCAUUCCUUAGAGACUUAAUAAAAGUUCAUGCUCAUGUGACUGUUGUAGUCUAGACUGUGACAAAUUUAGUAACAAAGCUAUUUUUAUAAUCACAACACCCUUGGAAAAGUGUUGGAAAUGAUUCUGCAUUCUUAAAAAAUGGGCAAAAAUGCCUUUUCUUAGACUACUAAGCAGUCGCUUUAACUUUUAAGUGUCUUUUUUCACAGGCUGUUGUUUUUAACAGCUCUUUAAAGAAGAAGUGAAGACAUGGAAAUUUAUCCUGAAAUAUUUGUUUAUUUUUUAAAAUUAAAUGAAUUAAAUAAAUGUCUUACUACCAGAAAGAAAGAAUAGGUGGCAACAAUGUGCCCUUUGCACAUCCAUGAGAUUUUAGCCUUUGAGAGAGGGGAGCAGUUUACUAAGACUGAAUAUGUGGGGAUAUACUGUAGGUUGUUAAUAGAUGAGGUGACGUCACAGUGAAUACCUUCAGAUGGGGCACAGGAAGUGAUUUCUGCUUAGAGAAGUGCUGUCAAAAUGCUGUUAACGGCAAUGCUAACUUUUUAAAGCAGGAAAAAAAAACAGUCUUAAAACCCCCGUUCUAAACUCUGGUUUGGUUCAGUACAGUUUGUCAUGGUUUGCCACAGUAAAUUCUCGAUCUUGCUUGUGUUUCCACAGCCAAGGUCCAUCCAUCCUCAUUCAUUGCGACAGGAAAUCCAUCUUUUUAAAGAGAUCUGGAUCAUAUGGCUCAGCUCAGUAAGAAGAGCUGAUCUUUUAGCCACUUAAUGGCUCUUCAUUUGUUAACAGUUUGACCUUUCAGUGUGGUUUAAAUAAUAUCAAAAUGGGAAAAAGGAGACUGGCUGUCAAACAGGAGCCAGCUCCUGUCAUUCACAUAAUAGAGCUGUGAACAGCACAUCAUUACUCGGUCUCUUAUGCCGAUGUUUGAAAUAAGAAUUUAGCCAAUGGCCAAUAUCAUUGUUUUUUUUUUUUCAUUACAUUUGGUGUAAAAAUCCCACAAUGCCAACAUUUUCUGUCAUGUUUGGCCAUGAAAACAGAUCAGAGUUUGUCCAUCAGGUCACAUCUUAGUAAUAAAUCUCUUGUCUGAAUCAGCUGUUAGGUGUUCUCAACAACACCAUUAAUUUAAAACACAUCAGAUAAACUUCCGCAUCUGUUAUCUGUCCAUGGCACAUUAUUUGACAAUGGCAGAUGUUUGUCAAAAGUGCCAAUAUUGGCCAAUACUGAGGCUUAUGUGCAUCCCUAGUUUCCACUAAAACCAUUUUAUGAUAAAACAAGGGUGAAAAGCUGUUAAAAGAGCACAGUUAGCUUCGAAGACUCCUCUAUACUCUUGUCCCUCUUGAUCUGACUAGAGAUGUAGUAGGAGGUUUGCAAGACUGAGUAAUAUGUGAUAUUUACCACCUCCACCACUAAAUCACUCUUUGUAAAGUGUAGGGAUUGUACCCAAUGAAUGCUGACAUUUUCUGACUUUAACUGUAAUGUGGAGGUCCAUUUAGAGCUUUAAUGGACUCGCUUUCUUCCAUUCGCACUUAUUCCUAACCAGUGUUCUUCACUUUCUGCCCCUAUCUGAUAUUAACAUGACAUUAUGAUCACAUAACUGCAAACAACCUAUAUGCUUUAUUUUGAUAUGUUUGAGUUAUUUACUCUCAACAGCAGCUGCUGCUGUUUACCACAUAAAAUCAGAGCUCUGUCUUUUGUCUCUUUAAAAAUGAAGUCAGUUUCAUCUGAAGUCUUUUUAAGAGCUCUUUGCCUCCCCAGCCCUCCUUUACACCAGCAUUAGUCAGUAGUUGCCAACAGAGAGAUUAGUAUUUAUCUUGCUUUAACAGAUGUACUCACAGUAAUUUGCAGGGAUAAACAGUGCAUCUCUCCAGGACAAUGUUUUACAUUUAUGCUGAACUCAUGAGCUUGUCUUUGCUCUUAUUGAACACUGGGGGGCGUCGCCACAUCAUCUCUUAGCCUGACCAAAGUGCAGCAGCGUGAUCUGUCCCCCUGCUCUGAGGCUCUCACAUGAAGGAAGGAGUGUGUUGGGAAUAUUUGUGCAACUUAGCCAAAGAUUUGUUAAAUGUAUUUGUUGUCAAAUAAGCUUUGAAUCCUGUUGUGAUAAUGUAUUUACUGUUGUCAGUUUGGGAGAGUAUCAUGGGGUUUUUAAUUUAUGUUGUGAAUGAGUCAUAGUGAAAGUCAUUCAAAUACAAAGAUUUAAUUUUAAAAGGCGCAGGGGCACUGCUGCUUUAUGAUAAUUAAAAAAACAUUAAUGGGAGAUAUUGCACUUCUAAAUAACUCUAACUCAGUAAAUAAAUACCUUUUUAGUUUGAUUCUUACAUCCUAAAGAAGGAGAUGCACAGAAAAGUGCUGAAGUAUGAUGAUUGUGUUAUGUGUUAACCAGGCUGCUUCUAAUAAGCUUUUAAAAACUUGAAUUACUGGCUUAAAAUGAAAAAUGUGUAAUUUGAAAUGUUCUUUCCUGAUUGUUUUUGCACUUAAGCGGAAUGCUUUAGUUUAGGUGCCAGACUAAAGUUUUAAAAAGGAUUUUAGCUGCAAAAAGUAUUUAAAGUCUAGGGAGUAAUCAACCUUGGUUAAUGACCAACUUUAUGCGUAAUUGUUGUUAUAUCUCAGGUGAUUUUUUAAUAAGGAAUUACUCUCUGAAACCCCAAGAUUCAACACUCCACACAGACUGGACUUUAUCAACAGUGAAAUGGUUUAUCUGAGAAAUUAUUUUCAUCGUGAUAAAUAUCAUUGGAUGUUUUUUUUCUAUGACUCCAGUUUAUUUGAAGUAUGUGCGCCAGUUUUGUCGUCUGUCUGUCAGAGGAGCACUGCCUAACAGCUAUUGUAAAAACUGUUCUAAUCUGUAGCAAGAACACAAAUCCUGUUUUUUAUGUGCUGUUCAUCAGUUGAUUUUCUAAGUUUUCUACUUUGCAUACUGUCAUGUAGAUGGCGCUGUCGAGUUUCAUCAGGGAUUCAUAUCAGUACUGAUUCAGUCUGAAGAAAUUAGCCUGUGCAAGAUGUUCUUGCCAGCUUAAAAAUAUGUCUAUACGGUUAGAUGGAAAUUCCAGUUUUAAAACAAACAAGAAUCAAGAACACUCCAUGAGGAGAGUGAGAUAUUCAUCUUUAAUAAUCUUUGAAAAUUUUAUAAGAGAACAUUGAUUUAGCCCAGGGCUAAAGUGUGCAUCUUACUUAUCUGUUUCCACCUGUGUAUUUAAUCUUUAUUUCUGAUCUUUUCACCUGUUUGAUUCGAACUUGCCAUAUCUACAAACUGUUUUAUACCAAAGUACAUUGAAAUCAAUAAAAUGUGAAACUCUUGGCUUUCACAG